AUUUUCCUCUUCUAUACUCAUUGACUAUAAUCUUUACGUUCACCCUCAUAUGCAUAAAACUAGUUGUGUGCGCUAUUUAUCAACUCCAUCCACUUGAGAAACAAGGAAAUGAAGAUCUUCAACUGGGUUCGUCGGUUUAAUCACAAAGAUGAAGCUGGCCAUGGUGCCACAAAUGAGGUUACUCAAAAUGGGAAGGACGGCAAGCCCGUGCUGCUUGAACAUGUAGCCUUUGAUAGUGUGUUUGAUGGUUGGAAAGAAGGCAUACUUGCUAUUGGAACAUUAGGAUUUGAUCCUGCAUUAUUGAAAGGUUCAGAGCCCAAAGAAGACACGUAUUUGUGUGAAAUCAGUCGUAAAGAGUUAUUUGUUGCUGACAAUGGUGAUGAGGACGACAACGGAGAGCAGGAACUAGAAAUGGAAUUUCCAUUGGUGUUAAAAGCUUGUAAGCAUGGGUUCUUUCAUGAUCAGAAAGAUGAUCACCUACAAUGUGAUGAAGUUUCUAAAACAGAUGAUCGUAAAGAUGUGGAGGAUCCGGAAGGUGUAGAUGUUGAUGAGGUUAAAAGGGUAAGGAAGACUGGACAAAGAACCACUCUAGCCGAUCUAUUUUCGGCUGAUUCAGAAACGAACUUGUUGAAAAACAAGAGGUUGGCUAAUGAAGAUCAUGUCAAAGAAAAUAAACAGAAUGAUGAAAAAGAUUUUAAAGAAGAAGAUACAUCCAGACGUUGAGAAUCAAAAUGUGGUUGCAUGUGUGAAGCCUAUGCGCCUACCUGGAUCAGUAAAGACCGCAUAGUAGUGGACAUGGAGGAAAGCGCUUGCCAUUAUGUGUUGCAGAAAGUUAUUGAUUUGGUUGCUUGGUUAAUUUAUGAUUGGUUUUCCUGUUCAGAUUGUGUUCUAUGUUGCUUUCAUGUUCUUGUUCAUCUAUUUCUUUGUCAUUAAUUUCUUUAAAUCCAUGGAGUGAACAGUUGUAUGUCAUGGACUUAUUAUUUUUCCUGUUUACUUAUUUAAUGCAUCUUCAUGCUUCCUACAA